AUGAACGGCACACGAGCUUUGAUGACGCUGAUUUUAAUGAUAACUGCCAACUCGGUGCCGUCGUGGACAUGCCCUUCGGACUGUAUCUGUUUAUCGCACACGCAAAUACUCUGCAACUCCGGACACCUGACGUUCGUGCCUCUGCGCGACCUACCCAAGGCCGUCGAACACCUGUCGAUGACCAAAAAUAACCUGACUUACCUGCCCACCGACGCUUUCACCGGUCUCCGGCACUUGAGGAAGCUGACGUUGGACACCAACUGCAUACGCCGGGUGGAUAGGUUCGCUUUCCGCGGGCUUAGCAGGCUCCGGGAACUUUCCAUCCAGCACACUCCGCUCGAGUCGCUCGAGAAGUUUUCGUUCGCCGGCCUCCAGAACGUGACGGCCAUUCUGUUGGGGUACAACCAGAUAAGCGUCAUACACGAGUUCGCGUUUGCCGGCACCGCCAACAUCAGGCUCAUACUGCUCAACAACAAUCCGUUGCACACGGUAUCAGCCAAUGCAUUUUCCGGUCUAACCAACGUUGAACACCUCAUCCUGCCGUCGGGCAUCCAGCAGCUACAGCCCGAUGCGUUCAACGGGCUGGACUCGGUGGGCCUGCUGAAGCUGUCCUUCAUGGACCUGAAGUCGCUGAAGCCGCACACAUUCCGUGGUCUCAGCCACGUGCACGUGUUGUCAAUCCAGGACUCAGACCUGGGCGUAAUCAGGGCGGACGCGUUUACGGGCCUAGCGCACGUCGGCAGUCUCAACCUGUUGAACAACAAGAUUGACGCUGUGCAGAGCCUGACCGUGACCCGGGAAAACCGCAUCCGGCACUUCCGGUUCAACGGCAACCACGUGCUGGACAGCCCACGGAGGGGCACGUUCUCCGGGCUCGCUUCCGCUGCCUCCGACGGGUUCACCGUGGUCGGCAACCACUUCCCGUGCGACUGUCACCUGUUCCGGUUCCUGGACGGCCACCCGUUCGGCAACGCGUCCCGAGACCUCUUCACCGGCAAGAACUAUUGCAUUUCGCCACUGGAGCUCAAUGGACAGCUCGUCGCCGUCGUCAAUCCCGCGGUCGUUGACAAGUGCUUGCAGACGUCGGUGGCCGCCCCGCCGAGGACUCAAGCCGGCGUUACCACGACUGCGGUCCUGGUUGCAGCGGUGGUCCUCGCCUCGACCGGUUCGUUCUUGCACGACUUGGCGGUGUGA